AUGAAACUUCAAGUCUUCGCUGUUCUCUUCUUGAUCGCAGGCGCUUCCGCCUUGCCUGCUGCUAGCGAGGUGGUGGUUGUAGAUGAAUUCCAAAACCAGUUAGCCCCUAAGAAUCAAGUUGUUGAUCAAAUAAGAUGGGUAAUUGAGCUGAUCAGUAACACCAUUAAGGGUCUGGGUUUGGAUCCAGUAGAAUGGGAGGGCAGCGGAUUCAAUAUUGAUAUACCAUUUUUACUGAAAUUCAAUGCAUUCCUUGAAAACUUCCGGUACGCCGGUAUCAGUAAUAUCCAGAUUAACAACCUGCAGUACGACCGCUUCUUUAAUAAACUAGACCUCGAUGUUUCUCUCCCAGAAGUCGUUUUUGAAGUCGGUGACUCUGGUCUCUACAUCAAUGUUUUAGCCUUCUUCGACAUACUCGAUGCUGAAUUCAGGGGCAGUGUAUCCCUCAAGUCAAUCCGUCUUGUUGCUGAAGUAAACGUUGACAUCAGUACCAUCGGCAUUUCCCUCCGCAGCCUUUCAAUCAACUUCAGCCUUGGUGGCGUUGAGUCCGACUUAACAUUCAAAAUAAACAAUCUGAAUUUGGACUUCUCCGGAUUGUUCAACGACUUCUUUAACGAAACAGUUCCUAAUUUCUUCGAAGAAAACGAGGAAAACAUUAACAAAUCCUUGGAAAUUGUUGUCAGCAUCAUCCUCCGUAUCAUCUGGGCUUAA